AUGACUUCGCACUACCGAUCUCCCAGAAGCCGAAUUACUUCCAAAUCAAACGCGGUGGUUUACGAGCAAAGUCCACGUUGGAUAAGGGGAUUUCAUAAGGAAACCAAGAUUGUUGAUUCCAAGAGAGCAUAUCUCGUUUGGGAAGGCACCAGCCUUAUUCCGUUUUGGGCUUUCCCAACUUCCGAUGUAAUUGGGCUAGUUGAGAGUGAUACCGUAAAUGGAGGGAGAGAUGGAGACCGUGGUCAAUGGUUCCAUGUAAAGACCGAAGCCGAGACCCUCAACAAUGCUGCCUGGAGAUUCAAGAAAGAAACCCCUGGGUUUGUCCCUGAAGCCGAAGACCUGGUUGUAUUUGACUUCACCAAACUCAGCAAAUGGUUAGAAGAUGAUGAGGUCGCCUUCGGACAUCCUCGUAGCCCUUACAGUCGCAUUGAUGUUCGCCUCAGUUCUCGGCAUGUCAAGGUGGAAAUCGAUGGAGUUGUCGUUGCCGAAACCACAAGUGCCUUAUUUGUCUAUGAGAAUGGCCACCCUACUCGUUAUUACAUCAAUGCAGUCGAUGUUAAGGCUCUCCCGCAGUUCACACCGAGCGAUUACAAGAGCGCUUGUCCUUACAAAGGCGUUGCAUCUUAUUUUACAGCCACCAUCAACGGUCAAGAGUAUCCUAACAUUGCUUGGACGUAUUUGGAUCCAGUGCCUGGAAUUGAGCGCAUUCAAGGUCGUUGGAGCUUCUGGAAUGAGAAGUUAGAUAUUACCGUUGAUGGUGAAAAGCUUCCUAGACCUGCUCCGUACAUUGUUCAUACCAGUCCUUAA